AUGUUCUCGACCGGCGCUCAUUACGGACACACUAGAAGCGGCGAGAGUAGUGAGACGGUUACACAAAAACAGCGGGUGAAGCAGGAUGUUGCUGGUGUGGCCAACUGGCUGAGCCUGAUCGGAUCGUUGUUGAUCAUAUUUCAUGUCCCUAGAGUGACCCGACAUGUCCCCUCGCAGAAGAAGCGGAUGCUUAUUAUCUUGUUCACGGCCCUCUCAAACAGUGGCUUUGCCAUUGCCAACAUCGUCACCGAUUACACUGAUGCCGUAUCCCAGUUGCAGUGUACUUUCUCUGCCUGGUGCUAUGUCUUCUUCCAAUUGCUGACUUGCACCCUGGUCAUCGUCAGUACCUUCCGACUUUGCGGCGUGUUCCUCUUCCAACGGAGGCGAUCCGUCCCCUCAAAAUACAUCGCUAUCUGCCCCGCCAUCGCCUUCUUUCUCUCCACCCCGGCCGCCAUCUCAGGAAACUUUGACUUUGACGAAUGUGGGCACUAUUGCUGGUUCAAGCUCGAGCCAGACCAGGAGGACUGCAAGAUCAGAUCCCUCUGGGCCUGGCUGAGCUUCUACGCCUGGAUGAUCCUCUUCAUCGCCAUCCUCUUUGCCUCAACCCUAUUUGUCAUGGUCAAAAUCACACUCAGUGUCGCCCACUCUCGCUCGAACCUCAAACAGGUCGUCAACCAGGCCACACUAGAGUCCAUCAUAGCCGAUUCCCCACCACUCCAGUCCUCAUCGUCUACCUUCGAGAGACUCCGGUCGAUGAGCUACUCCAUCCAGAGCAGAACUGCAUCCAUAUUUUCUUUUGGGAGGCGGAGGAGAGGAACUGCAGAUACCACCAGGAGUGCUGGGAGUGCAUCAGGAGGAGCAGGAGUAGGAGGAGAAAGAACUGGAGCUGGAGCAAUACCGGGAAACAGUUCAGCGGAGAACCAGCAGGAACAUCAACAACAGCAACCCAUUACCAAUUUCCAUCCGAAUCUGGAGGGUGUGGUCUUACCGUCUCCGGCUGAACUUGCCGCAAUAGCGUCCCCUCCUCAGUCGACCAACCUGAGCUUACAGGGCCCACUCUGGGACACACCCGAACAUCAUGAGUCACAGCCUCAAUCCACCUCAUCCAAUAUCCGACGAUCAUCAUUUCCAGCACAGGAGGUUGGGGCCCUGCGGCGGAAAGAAAGGUCGUUUGUGGUGGCGAUCCUUCGACAGGCUCUCUACCCCAUCUCGAUUUCCGUGUCGGGAUGUAUCCAAAUCUUUGUCGAUCUGACGAUUCCGAACGACUGGGACGAAAACGAUGAGUUCAGCUAUAUAGCCAACGUUGCCACUAGUAUCCAGGGGUUCCUCUUCUUUUUGGUUUUUAUGUUUGAUCCUGCUGUGAUCCAGACUCGUCAGGAGUGGAGGAAGUAUAUGGUCUGGAGGUACUAUACGGAGUUCUACUAUAGUCUGGGAAUGCCGCAUGAGGGACGAGAGUUUGAGACCCGGUUCAUGCAGCAGUGUCAGCAGCUGGAUCCAGUCAAGGACCAGGUCAAGCUCGACCAGUUAACACGUCCUCCGUCUUACUCGUGGUCACUACAGUACGACAGCCUGGCGAUGCCUACCGACUUUCAAACGUCAUACCCUCUUUCGGCCGCUAUCAACGCAACCCCAAUUAAUGCAAAAGCGACAGGAGGAAUGGAGCAUGGUAGCGUGGGUGCGAGACCUAUCCCUACAACAGCAAGUCGCUCUAGCCAACAACGUGAGGAGGCAAGUGGGAAGGGCUUUACACAUACAACCUUGCCUGAUCAUAUAGCAGAGGUGGAUGAGACCGAGUUCACCGACUCUGCGACGUCCUCUCGACCAACCCCAACAAUCACAAUCACGGAACGGACAGCAGGAGGUGAAGGAAACGAUCCGAUGGUAACGACAAUGGCGGAAUAUACCCGAACAACAUCCGACCCGACCUCAGAGACGUCUGCCACUACCACUACAACAACAACUAAUACAACAACUACCACGGCAGGCACUAGUAGCACUGAUAGCGACACCGAUGCUACCACUCCACCAAAAGAUCAAGAUGUCAGGAUCCACCCCAUGACCCGGCUCACAACCUUGGCAGCCCUGAACAGUACCUACCAGAGCACGUCCUCGAUCAGCACAUUCCAGGAUUUCGACAUCUUGCCUCAAAACGAUCAGGUCUACUUGGAUAAAGACAUGGCGACGGAUCGGAAUACGAGACGGAUGAUGCGGAAUCGAGAGACGACACUCAAGGCACCCUAUGCAGGAGAUGACAUACUUUCCUUUCCGCGACUGUCCAGAGUCACGACGAUCGGCGGCGGCACUAGUGGUCGUAAUGGGAAGGCUCCACGGCGAUACCGCAACUCUUCGAAUGCGAUGGUGGACUCUGGCACCUUCCACAACACCAUUGCCGACUCAACAACGCUCUCUCGCCCAUCUGCAGGAUCAGGAGGUCCGAAUAAUGAGAAGCGGCGGUCAUUUGGCGAGUGUCUGUUGCUGUUUAUCCAGGGCGGGCAUUGGAACGCGGCAUCGUCGGAGGAGAGGUAUCAAACACGGUUCCGGUACCCACGUCUGGCAUACUUGAUCCACCGCAUCGUUCGUGCCGUGUGUAUUCCCAAAAAGGCGAGGUUGCCCCCGAUCCCGGACCCAUUUGCGAAGAGAUCUCCCUGUGGGGUUGGAGACUUGUAUGAGCGACCUGUCACGAGAGAGCAUUCUUUGAUGACUAGCGUGUCGGUCCAACAGCCUCCAGCAGCGUCUUAUCAGGAUACCGAUGUGUCUGAGGCGGAGCAGCCUAGUAGUGGGUACGCUGGUUUGGGAUUGGAUUACUCUUCCAGGCCGAGGAAGGACUUCGGAGCUUACGAUGAGUACGAUGAUGAUGCUGAUCCUGAGCAGGCAUCCUGUUCGACAAGCCCUCCUCGAUGA